CCACCUGCCAAUCUUCCCUUGAUUUCAAGGUCGUUUGGUCUGGCAGACAAGCUCUUCGAGUCGAACAAAGACGCUGCACUUCUAUCUCAAUUCUUCCCUCAAUCCUACUCUCCAUCACCUCAAUCUGACCGACAAACGAAAAGGCAACGAUAGAAAGAGAGACCUUUUGCAUCUAUACAUCCCCGGCUUGGCCAUCCCGACCAUGUCUACCGCCUCUCCAUCUGCCUCGAACGGAACCUCUUCCUUUCAUUCUCGACCGCAUUCUCCUGCCUAUCAUCAUUCUCGCCAGAACAACACUCCUCAUCAGCAUCGUCACCAGCACCACCAAAAUCACCUACAAAAUCACGUGGCACCCAAACACUCGUCCACCUCAAGUUCAAUCUCGCCGCCCGCGCACGCACAUGCGCAUCAUCGUCCGUCAGGUCCGAAUAAACGCUCGAUAGCGUCCUCUUCGGGUCUGGUAGCUAGUACCAAGAUCAAGGGGAUGAAGAGCCCUGAAAAGCGGGAGCGGGAAAGAGAUAGAAAGAGGGAGAGACAGGUCGGCCACAACCAGCAAGAUCUAGGUCUCGGUCGAGAUACGGUCCCAGUUGAUGAGCAUGUGGGUAGUAGAGCUGACAAGGUGGGAGGGAUGGAAGAAUGUGAUGGUUCAAGUGGGGUGGAGGCGAGUGUGAGGGAUCAGGCUGGCGGGUCGGGGUCGGGGUCGGGCUGGGAAAUAGGGAAAGAAGAUUAUCGAUCUGGGUGGAGCUCUUCUGUUGGGCAUGGGUGUCUACCGCCCACGCCCACUUCGGCUACCAAAUUCGGAUCGUCGGGAUCGACCGACCCCCAGCUCUUGCCGGAAACACCGACCCGAACGCCUCGUGGUCUGUCUCGCGACCCGGUUUCGAGUGCUAUUCUUCCUCAAACUCCUACAUCCCCGGUACGAGUGAUUACGGGUGCACCCUCGACCUCGCCGAGAUCGUUGGGAUACUCGUUCCCGACUUUCAAGUCGAGCCUCUCGCCGCCUAUCAUCCAAGAUCAGCAUACAGGUCGAGGUGAAGCAGGAGCUGAACAAGAACACGAAGGUCGAGCAAGCUUGUGGUUGAACAAGUCGGAAGGAGGAAAGAAGCGGGAUCAUCGGGAGGUCGAGCUGGGAUCUCGUGAAGGUUCGCCGGUUGGCGAUGUCGAGAACGAGCAGCCGCAAAGAGAUAGGGGCGAGCGAACAACAGCCUCGUGGCCGAAAGCGAAUGGAGUCGAUCAAGGCGCUUUACCUUCGACGAGUCGACCUCGUUCGGACCUCGGUCCUACGCUCGCUGAACACACGCCGCAUCAUGGAUUCCAGGGAUCAAAGUCCGAUUCCCACAUUCCGGCUCCACCGAAUGCCGCACCUGAACGUCCUAGGUCCAUCCCAUCUCAACCGCCAUCUGUUCCAGCGGUUCAGAUGCAAAAUCAUCCUCCACACCCUCGUCGGAUGUACGCCUACAACGCUACCUCGGCCGAAGAAGAAGCUCGGAGGGCCAUACUUGUCGACGCCUGUGAAGGGUUGAGCAGCCUUUGUAGUCAGUGGCACGGUAGCGAAUAUAACAAGCUCAAGUUUGGUGAAAAAGUAUUGUCCCUUGACGAUCGCCGCUCCGCAGCAUGUCCAAUCGAUCAUGAUGGCUCAGGCGAUGUACGAGAAAGAGAUCUAUGCUGCAGAAGACGCUUUUGGGAACGACAGUCUGGCUUCUUCGACUGGUAGCGAGUCUUCCUUUGCUACUUCUCGGACCAGUCAGAAAGAUGGUGCCACGACGGUCGAUGGGGACAGUAGGCUCUUCGAGACGGUCACCGAACCGGACGUACGCGCUAGUUCUGGAGGUCAAGGACAGGCUCUCGAGAAUGCGAUGGAGAAGGGUCUGCAGAGAUCGAUGGAUGGUAGCUGGGUCAAGGAUGUGGAUCCUUCGGUACCUAGCGAGGCGGAGUCUGCGCAA